CCUUUCAUCUUCUCUUUUCGUCUUUGCUGUUCGGCUUCGUUGAUUUGCAGGAGGUGUAUAGAUUGCAUGCGUCGCUUCUUCGGCUCCUUCGUGGCUCGACUUCGCUCCUUCGACGACUUUCCCUUCCUGUCGGAUCGGAAGUUACGACAUUUUGAUAGGAAGCAAUAAAACGAGCUCGCUGGCUGUGAAGUUAACUAUAUCCCUUUCGCGCUGUUAAAUCCACCGAACCGAGGGAUUUAGUAAAUCCGGGAUUUAAGCCGUAAACAGCGAUUUACCUCAUACGUUCCACGCUCGCAGCACCCGCCAACGCUAUCUCGGCCGCUGCUUCGCCGGUACAAUGGUGAAAGCUUACCUCCGCUACGAGCCCCGCCUGGUCUUUGGUGUCAUCGUCUCCGUAGAUUCGAACAUCUCCUACGACCCUUCUGGUAAGCACCUCCUCGCUGGUGCCCUCGAUUCCGUCGCCGUUUGGGACAUCAAAAAGGGAAUCUGCUCUACCUCACUUUCUCCUUCCUCGGGAUCCUCACACUCCCUUGCCGUCUCCUCCAUCGCUUCCUCCCCUUCCUCCUCCUCUUCAUCUUCUUCUUCCGUCGCCAGUGGCCACGCCAAUGGCAGCAUUCGUCUGUGGGACCUCAGCAGAGGCACUUGUGAGGCAACACUGAACGGGCACGAAUCUGCUGUUACUGCUCUCCGCUAUAACCAAUUCGGCUCGUUCCUUGCCUCUGGAAGCAAGGACUGCGACAUCAUUCUCUGGGAUGUCGUCGCCGAGACUGGGAUGUUUCGCCUCCGGGGUCACCGAGAUCAGGUAACAGAUCUUGUGUUCCUUGACUCUGCGAAAAAGCUUGUGAGCUGUUCAAAAGACAAGUUUGUUAGGGUCUGGGAUCUUGAGAUGCAGCAUUGUAUACAGAUAGUGAGCGGGCACCACAGUGAGGUCUGGUCGUUGGAUGUUGAUCCAAAUGAAAGGUUUUUGGUGACCGGGUCGGCUGACCUUGAACUCCGCUUCUACCUAAUAAGAAACGAGCUGGAGGAAAUGGACAAUUCUAGUAAGUGGGAGGUUUUGAAGCAUUAUGGGGAAAUCAAGCGUCAGAACAAGGAGAGAAUUGCGACUGUAAGAUUUAACAAGUCCGGGAGCCUUCUUGCAUGCCAAGAAGCCGGGAGGACUGUUGAGAUAUAUCGUGUUUUAGAUGCGUCCAGUGCUAGGAGUAAAGCUAAAAGACGUGUCAGGAGGAAGAAAGAUAAGCUCUUGGCAAAGACUAUUGAAGAGGGAAAAGAAAAUGGGAAUUUGGAUUCUUUACAGAAUGUUUCAGGUAUGUCAGUCUUAGAGCCAGAUGUUCUAGUCUCCGAUGCCUUCAAACUUUUACAGGUUUUACGUGCAAGCAAGAAAAUUUGCUCCAUUGCUUUCUGUCCUACGGUUAGUACUAAAGUCAGCCUUGGUACUUUGUCCCUGUCUUUAAACAAUAAUAUGUUGGAGACCUAUUCCAUUGAGGAGGGAAGAGUUGAGAAAAAACAUACAGUUGAGCUUCCAGGUCAUCGGUCUGAUAUAAGAAGUGUCACACUGAGCUCAGACAACACUCUUUUGCUAUCGACCAGUCAUAACGCUGUAAAGGUGUGGAAUCCUAGUACUGGUGCUUGUAUUCGCACAAUUGAGUCUGGUUAUGGUUUGUGCUGUUCCUUUGCUCCUGCUGACCGUUAUGCUCUUGUUGGAACAAAAAGUGGAACCUUGGAGAUUAUUGAUGUUGGAAGUGGAACCCGUGCUGAUGUUAUUGAAGCUCACUCUGCUGCUAUCCGGUCCAUUGUGCCAAUUCCAGAUGUCAAUGGUUCUGUUGGCAGCGGCUUUGUCACUGGAAGUGCUGAUCACGAUGUUAAGUUUUGGGAAUAUCAGCUAAAGAGGAAAACUGAGACAGAUUCUAAGCAGUUGACUGUGAAGAAUGUAAGAACUUUGAGCUUGAGUGAUGAUGUUCUUGUGGUCUCAAUCAGUCCAGAAAGCAAGUACAUUGUUGUUGCUUUGUUAGAUUGCACUGUCCAGGUCUAUUUGUUGAAUACUUUAAAGAAAUUUCUUACACUAUAUGGUCACAAAUUGCCUGUACUCUGCCUGGACAUUUCAUCGGAUGGAGAUCUCAUUGUUACUGGUUCUGCAGACAAAAAUUUGAAGAUUUGGGGUUUAGACUUUGGUGACUGUCACAAAUCCUUGUUUGCUCAUGCUGACAGUGUUAUGGAUGUGAAAUUUGUACAUAAUACACAUUACAUGUUUAGUGUGGGGAAGGAUCGACUUGUGAAGUAUUGGGAUGCUGAUAAGUUUGAGUUGCUUUUAACUCUUGAGGGGCAUCAUGCUGAAGUUUGGUGCCUAACAAUUAGUUCACAUGGUGGUUUCUUCAUCACGGGGUCUCAUGAUCGUUCCAUCCGUAGAUGGGAUCGGACUGAGGAACCCUUUUUCCUUGAGGAGGAAAGAGAGAAAAGGCUACAAGAGAUGUUUGAAUCUGAUUUGGAAACAAAUGAAAACAAAUAUGCAUUAAGAGAAGAACUUCCAGAGGAGGGAUCAGUUGGUUUGCCAGGAAAAAGAACUCAGGAGACAAUCACUGCGGUAGACAUGAUUAUUGAUGCUUUAGAUACUGCCGAAGAUGAAUUGAAACACUAUGAUGAACACAAUGUGGAUCAACAAAAUGGAAAAUCUGGUCAAUUCCAACCUAAUGUUAUGAUGCGUGGGCUCUCACCUUCUGACUAUGUUUUACAAGCAAUUUCCAAUGUUCAGACCAAUGACCUGGAGCAGACCCUACUGUCUCUUCCUUACUCUGAUGCCUUGAAGCUUAUGUCUUACUUGAAGGAUUGGGUUCAAAACCCUGAUAAGGUUGCGCUUGUUUGUAGAAUUACAACAGUACUUCUCCAAACACAUCAUAAUCAGUUAAUUACUACCCCUGCCGCCAGGCCCAUACUGACUGUACUUAAGGAUAUUCUUCAUGCAAGAGUUAAGGAAUUUAAGGAUACAAUUGGGUUCAAUCUUGCCGCAAUGGAUCAUCUUAAGGAAUUGAUGUCGAUGAGAUCAGAUGCUCCAUUCCGAAAUGCAAAGGCAAAACUCAUGGAGAUCCGUUCGGAGCUAUCAAAGCAUUCAGGUAAGCUCAUCGAUGGUAAGAGGAAAAAGAAAAAACAAAAGAACUCAAGUAAGGAUCAUGUUGGUGCCUGAUUAUGCUAGCUAUGUAGAGUCCAUAUCUUGCAACAUAACCUUAAGAAGCUGAUUUGUAUAAUCAUCACAUUUUAUUUAAUCAUUUUUAUUGCCCUUAUAUGGGCAUGAAAUUUUGGUAAAUAUUAUAUCAAUUAGAAAAUUUUAUUCAAAUUUGUUUUUA